UCUGAUUGGUGGAGCCUGGGAGGUGCCUCUCAAUCGCCCUGCCCUGUUGCUGGGCUGAGAGGAUGUAGCGGCGGAGAGCGUCUUCCCUCAGAGCGAGUCUGGUCUUGCUUGCUUACUGCUGCUGCUGCUGGGAACCUCCUCGCCGGGAUGAGAAAGCGGAACGAGUCCGUCACGUUGGAGCAUGAGCCUCUGGAGAAGGGCUUCAGCCUGAGGACGAGCCUGCGUCUGCCGGGCAGCGACGGCAUGAAGCGGACGCUCGGCAGGAGACAUGGAAUGUGGUUUCGGUUUCGGAAAGUAGUACUCUGGUUGUUGGGAGUGUACAUAGCCAUUCCAUUUCUAGUAAAAAUCUGUCCCGCUAUUCAGGCAAAGCUCGUCUUCCUGAAUUUUGUGAGAGUACCCUAUUUCAUUGACUUGAAAAGGCCCCAGGACCAAGGAUUAAACCACACCUGUAACUAUUACCUGCAACCAGAGGAAGAUGUAACUAUUGGAGUCUGGCACACAGUUCCUACAGUACUAUGGAAGGAUGCUCAAAGCAAGGAUCAGCCAUGGUACGAAGAUAUUUUGGGUUCUAAUCACCCUGUGAUCCUUUACUUACAUGGAAAUGCAGGAACCAGAGGAGGCGAUCAUCGUGUUGAACUGUAUAAGGUUCUGAGUUCACUUGGUUUCCAUGUAGUCACAUUUGAUUAUCGAGGUUGGGGAGACUCAAUAGGCACUCCCUCAGAGAGUGGAAUGACCUAUGAUGCUCUUCAUGUUUUUGACUGGAUAAAAGCAAGAAGUGGAGAUAACCCAGUUUAUAUAUGGGGGCACUCUUUAGGCACUGGAGUUGCAACCAACUUAGUGAGGCGUCUUUGUGAAAGAGAAACUCCCCCUGAUGCUCUCAUCUUGGAAUCUCCCUUUACAAACAUACGCGAAGAAGCAAAAAGCCACCCCUUUAGUGUAAUAUAUAGAUAUUUCCCAGGAUUUGACUGGUUUUUCCUUGACCCUAUAACGUCAAGUGGAAUUAAGUUUGCAAAUGAUGAAAACGUGAAGCACAUUUCAUGUUCUCUGCUUAUUCUUCAUGCUGAAGAUGAUCCUGUAGUUCCAUUUCAUCUUGGAAAAAAGCUAUACAACAUUGCAGCCCCAUCUCGGAGCUUCCGUGAUUUCAAAGUCCAGUUUGUUCCAUUUCACACAGAUCUAGGUUACAGGCAUAAAUACAUCUACAAGAGCCCAGAACUACCUCGAAUAUUAAGGGAAUUCAUGGGGAAAUCUGAACAUAAGCACCAUCACUGAAGACUACCAGGUUGGUAAACGUGCAAUUAUGUCCCCUGAGGAAGAAAAAGGAAACAUGAACACCUGCCUUGUUUUGAAAUCUAGGCACUGGAUAAGUCUCUGAUUGCUGCUCCACUCCUCAUGCAUCCCUUUGGAAUCCCAGCCUUUGGGGGAAGUAGGUAUGAAGAGCAAAUUUAGUUGGCUUCUGACCCUCAACCCCACCUAUGUUUUUCUUCUAAAGAAGAAGGGAACCAGACCAAUUGGAACAAUUAUGUUCAAGCACAAGAAAGACUUGGUUUUAAAAAAAAUGAUGAAAGUUAUAAACAUUCCUACAGAUGUGUGUGCUGGCUCGCAACAGUCUUCAAAGGACAAAAAAAAAAAACUUGCACUCAGAAACGCAAAUGGACUGCAGUUAUCUGCAAAAAAAUGUAACAGCUAUAAUAUUUCAAUGCUGCACUUAGAUUACUAGAUUUACAGGUUGUUCUCGUGUAGAAGUUAGUUCGGUGAAGAAUGCUUUUUCUUCGGUCAGUUAUCUAAUUGGGAAUUGGUGAAAAUGAAUGGAUUGUUUUGGUUUUUAAAUUCCUUUAAAAAGACGGAAGUUGGGAUAUUUACAAGAAGAUAUUUCAGAAUGAAAUGAAGGAUGUUUCUCCUUUAAAAUAAGGUAACUAUUUAGUAGUGAUAAUCUAAUAGUGAAUAAGUGUCCCUUUCUCUAUUGCCUUGCUUUUACAUUUCAUAGCACUCUCACAUAUAUAGAUAAUAUAUUCUUCAUAGACGAGUAUAUCUCCUUUAAUAUUAUUUCUCCUCAUUUCCAGGCCAUUGUCUUUAGGUGUCCAUGGAACUUAAGUGAUAUAAAUUACAGGUGGAGAGAUUUAUUGGAGGAACUCCUUUUUAAAAAUGGGGGUGCCUUUGAGCUUAGUCCUGCAAGGGAUGAUGGGACAUUUGUUUUUCCACUGUGGUGAAGAUGUCUUCCAAUCACCUCUAAUAGAGAGACACAUAUGCACUUUGGAGGGAAGAAAACUAUUACCCAUCUUUUAGUAAUCAUGAUUCUUUAUACCCCGAACCCUGUCAUUUUCCUUUUAAGAAAUACUCAGGUACAUUAGAGUUGGUCAGAAGUUUUCUUUUUCUUUUAAAGGGAUUCCAUAUAACUGAAUAUUUUAACUUCAUCUCCGUGAAUAGCACACCAGAUUCCCUCAAAAGGGAAAAUGUUAGCAUAACAUGUGUGAGAUGCCUAUUUUAAUCUAGACUAGUCAAAGGUACUGAAAAUUGAACAACUUUGUUAUUUUCCUGUCCUAAUCCAUUAAAACGAAUAUAUUUUUUCUGCUUAAAAUUAAAGGUUGGCUUUAUCUUUGUACUUCUGUUGAUAUUAUUGACACCUAGAGCUAUGUGAAAACUUUCUGAUCAAACUCAAAUGUUCCCUUCAGUUGGCAAAUGCCAGGCAGAGAACCUAGUUUCUCUUUAUUGUAGCAAAGCAAUUGCUGAAUUUAAAUUUAGCAGGCAACAUGCCGGUAACUCAUGGUAAUAAAUGUUGGAAUAUGAUUUUUAUGUUUACCUCUUUUAUUGAUAUUUGACCAUAUUGUUAUUGUGAACCUCAUGAAAUCAGUCCAUUGUGUUCAACUCUUCAAAAUCAUGGCAUAAUAACCCAAGGUCAGGGGCAAAGCUCCUUCACCUGGGUGAAGAUGCUGUACUCCUAUCGCUGUGUAGGGCAGUAGUUCUCAACCUGUGGGUCCCCAGAUGUUUUGGUCUUCAACUCCCAGAAAUCCUAACAGCUGGUAAACUGGUUGGGAUUUCUGGGAGUUGUAGGCCAAAACACCUGGGGACCCACAGGUUGAGAACCACUGAUGUAGGUCUGGAACUAGCCAUGAAACCACAGUUAAGCAUACUUUAUAUCCAACUAAACCCCACAUUAAACCAUGGUUUAGUUUCCUACCAUGUCUGACUUGUCUGGAAGUCACGUACCAUUCUGGUUUGGAUAUAAUAGAAAUCCAGAGGCUUUACUGACUGAAGGGAAGAGAAAAGGGACUAUGUCAGGUGCUUGAAGGUUGUGUAUACUUUGGUUCAUCUGAAAUAUAUAUAAGAUGAAAAGUGCUCUUGCGGUGCCUAUUUCUGUCACUUGCUACCAGACAGAUGGUACUGUUUGUUGAGGCAAUAUCUAUAUAUUCCAUCAAAUUGUUUGCUCAUGGAAUGUCAUGUCAGCUUUUUACUGUAUGUUAUCCCAUCUGUAUCAACUGCAUUAGGAUAAUUCAGGAUCACUUUUAACCACAUGUGAAGGUAUUUAGAAUAGAUGCUGCAAAAGCCACAGACAGCUUCUGUGCACUUAACGCAAACCUGCCAUUCUUUCCUGGUCCUGGCAGUCCUUCUGUAAUUCUAGAUAUGACUUCUUGGUAUGUUUCAAUGGCCACCUUUAAGAUUCUAAGUCAUCAUUCAUGCAAGUCUGACAUAGAAAACAAUCUAAGGCGCUGUAAUUUGGAAACAGAGGAUUCAAGGCAGCAUGGCAGUUGAACCCAAAUGAAUUACUUUACAGUAGUCCUCUUAGUUUUGUGGGGAGAGCCUUGAGGUAUGUCAUUCAGUACACAUGCAAUAUUGAGUAUAGUGAUCCUAGAGUUCAGAAGUUAAUUCUUCAGUACGUAAAAGGCAUUGAUGAGUAAUGAUUGUAAAUGAAAUACUUGGAUUUUGCAUGCAUCAGACAUAUAUCUUUCAGCUCCAUCAUACUUGCAAGGAGGUAGUAGCUUAAUUGCGUAGACUUUUCUACUGUGGUGAAGUCUAUCAAGAUUGUGAGUCACAAUUAUCUCUGCAGUAGAUUGUGCCCUAUAAGAGUCUGUCUCUCUGCACAUACACACCCUCUUUCAACACACAGCGCUUUGGGUUAAUUGCAUUAAUGCUAUUUUGGCUCUUUUGUGGUAAACAAAAGAAACAUUCCAGUCAAUGCUGCUGCUGCAGACUCCUCCCACUGUAGUGUUGAUAAAAGUACGAACCAAUGUGGAAAUAACAAUUCCUCCCAUGCUACACCAAUAAGAGUCCAAAGCAUGCACUAGUGCUGUUUCUCCUGACACACAUGUACUAGUUGUUAGAACAGUGACAUGCUUUGAAAUGGAAAUGUUUAUAUCUAAAAGGUGUGUAGUUUUAAUAAAGCGAGUGACUUCUGA